ACGCACUCAUUAAAGCAAGGUGUGGAGCUUUUCAGAGGCACCAGUCCGACAUACUCUUAUAACUUAUAAGAGUAUGUUUCAGUCUUAUAAGUUAUAAGACUGAAACAAACAAUGCAAUAAUGGAUCUGAUCUCUGAUGAGAUGACUGGCUCUGGAUCUUCGACCGGGCUUCAAACAGACAAUCCUAGGGUGCAGUACCUCGACUCCAGAUUUACAUGAUCCCGACUAGAAACAUCUGAAAAUCAUUUCAUGUUCAUCGUAAUGGCGCUAAUCAAGACUUGUGCAAAGUAAUGUCAAAUUGAGCUGAUAAACUUCCAGCUUCCAGAGCAGAUUCCAAGUUUCGUGACAACCGUUUGAGUUGAACAGAUCACCUUGUUAUCGUGGUGGAUUUCGGCGUACUGGGAUAAGUCUUAGCCCAAUCGUUGACUCAGAGCAGCAUCUGAAGUAAAAAAUUUCAAAUCCGCCCCUCUUUCCACAGUACUCAAUUGUGGUCGUCGAAGCUCACGUUUAGAGAUUGUAGGUUCACUUCAUACUUUUGUGAUAUGGAUCCAUCGCAGUUCCGAACUCAGCUCGCAUCGAUUGACGCCCUUCAUACCGUAUGCAGAUCACGUUUUAUAUCUAACUACUUCUACUGUCGACGAUCAGAUUGUGAUUUGAAGGGCAAACGUCGGCCUGGCGCUACCACCACAACAAACUUGAAAACUCACUCAAAUCCAGCUGCAAGAGAAGUCGAGAUUGGCAUAUGGCAGUGCCUUUCUUCCGUCGGUGAAUCGUGAAGUGAAUCCACCUGCAGUUGCAAAUCUACACGGACGAUCUAAAACUGAACUCGAAGGCCGAAAAGUACGAAAGAAGGCAUCUGAACCCGAUCCCUCCAUGCUCCAAUUGCUUUCACAGACCCGACCGAUCAGAGGCAGCAAAAUCCAGUCACCUUUAGGUGGAACAUGCUCGUCUAAUAUGCACUGACGCCUGGACAAGCUAGGGCUCAUAUAAGCUCUCUAGCACCCACAAAUGCCCAUCAGCGUCUCGAGGAACAAGAAUCGCUUCACGUGGCACAACGCUUUCAGAGAUGCAAAUCGUGGCUGGCCGGCUCACAAUGACACCGGACGCGUUUCACUAAAUGUGUCCAAAACAAGGGUCCUUCACACCGACAGGACAAAGGCACGACUCUGUGCUGUGCUCGAGG